UAUAAAGAGAAACCGAAAUAUCUCUACAUCUACAGUGACUCCUAGUCCAAUCUCCUCUCGUACGGCCCCAUAUCAACCAGAAAGAGGAGAAGAAGUAUCUCUUCAUCUCCAGUCACUCCGAGUCACAUCUCCUCUCGCAUGGCCUCCUGAUCCGUGUUUCCUUGUAAAAGUAUGUGAUCAGUGGCAGGAGAUCAAAAUAUAAAUAAAAACAGCAUGAGCACCAAUAAAGCCUCUAGUAAUUCGAAGUCAAAAUCCCUUCAGACAUGUUCAUCUCCUUCAACUUUGUCCUCUCCUUCUCCAAUAGCAAACCAAUCAACGACUGGAAACUCGAUGGAAGAAGUUUGGAAUGAUAUAAACCUAGCUUCUCUUCAUGAACAUCCAAAUAGUCACACGGGCAGCAACAGCAACACCGACGACCAUGUUUUUCAUGGUAUGAUGUUUCAAGACCUCUUGGCUAGAUCUUCCAAUAAAGACACGCCAACAAGGGUUGCCUCUAAGGAGCCCUCAUCUGGUGGGGGCAACAAUUUCUUGAAGAACGCUUUAGGGCCACCACCAGCUACUAUGCUGAAUUUGAAUUAUGGAAAAAGGCCUCAAGAAAACGGUGACGUUUCUGGCGGCGAUCGGAGGCAUGAGCGCAUGAUCAAGAACAGAGAAUCUGCAGCUCGGUACCGGGCAAAAAAGCAGGCUUACACGACCGAGUUGGAACUUAAAGUUGCUCUGUUAGGAGAGGAGAAUGCCAAGCUUAGAAAGCAGCAAGAAAGGUUCUUGGCAGCAGCUCCUGCUCAGCCACCAAAAAAGCACACCCUCUAUCGAACCUCAACGGCUCCAUUUUGAGAAGUAAGAAAUUUAUGCUUAGCCCAUUUACUCCUUUCAUCCCUUUAUGUUUCCACUUGGCUAUCUUGCCAAUAACUUCCUAGAAAAGAGGGAGAUGUUUUCCAUAUAUCAUUUCAAAGGGCUUUUGAUGUAAAAGAAAGGAGGGGAAAAGAAAGGUAGGAAAGUAGCAAGGACAAAUUAAAGUUGCCUGGACGCCAAGCCGCAGGACUAGUGGAGGGUUCGUAUUUUAUUUUCUUAAACCACUAUUUCUUCACUCCUUUGUCUUCUUUUCCUUGUUUGCUUUCUAAUUUUCCUCCUCCUAUGUGGACGCUGUAACGUUGGGAGAGAUAAAUGCCGAGGGAAAAUAGCCCUAGCUUGUUUGUUUGCCUACAAAUAUGUAUAUAAACAUGGGACCUGCUUGGCUAUCAAUGUCACUUUCUAUUCUAAUCUUAUCUAUUCAUUUUCAGU